UACUAAGAAGAACAGAACACACACACAUCACAGUGAGCUUGGUGAUCUGGAACACUGGAGUUCAAUUUUCGUUGACGAGUUCUAGAUAGUUUACUAAAUUGACAAUCUUAUGAGAUAAGAAACACUAUUUUAGAAAACGCAUGUCAAAACUCGUCAAUGGAGGAGCCAGAAAAAGUGCAAACAUCAGAAUGGAAGAGACCCGACCAAGUAAUGCAGUUACAUCGAUUAAAAAUGAAAAAACGUGCGCUUCAAGCACGUAUGAACAAUACGCGAGUUAACAGACAAAAUGUAGAAUUGGAAUCUACAAAUAUAGUAAAAGCGUGCAAUGUUGAUGCUAGUCACAGUGUAGGUCAAAAACGAAAAAAUCCUUUUGCAAAAUAUGCAAAAGAUGAAGCAAAUAAAAAAUCAAACGCAACUCCUGAGUUGGAAGCUAGUAAUGAUAAUACACUAUUUGAGCUUUUGAAACUUGAAAAUCCAAAGAAACCACUCGAAAACUCACUAACUGAAGAUCCGUUCACAUUUUCUAAUAUACUUUCAAAAAUAGAAGGGAAUAAACCUAUUCCAGAUGUAGAAACAUCAAAAGGUGAAAAAUAUGUUCCAAUAGAUUGGACACUGAAGACGAAGAUGAGAUUUAUGUCGCCAAUAUCAUUUCCAUGGAACACCAAAUUAAAAACUAGCGAAGAAGCAUCCGGUACAACUGGAUUCGUAAGAUGUUUAGAUAUUAGUGGAACAGAUUCAACAUUAGACACUAGUCCAAAUGCAAGGCUUCAUAAGUGUUGCCUUAUAUGGCAGCAUCCUUUACUACCAUGGUUAGAACUGUUUCCUCGCUCUGCUGGCAAAGUGAGUGCUAAUUUAACAAGUAAUUUGUCUCUUGUGAAUAACAUGUUUAUCAAAGAUGCUUUAUACAAAGACUGGAGUGAAAGCUUUAGGUCCCUUUUCCAUUUGCUACGAGCAGGUCAAUGCCCAUACUUUUAUGUGUGUGCGAAUAAUUUCACUGUAUUAUUUCGUGCUGCUGGAAUUUGUGGAAUAUCUGAAGCUCAUGCACUCUUGACACCCACUACACGUGGUUUCCGACAAUCAUUAAAACAAGAAGAAAUAGAAUAUACAAUGCCUCUGAGAAAAGAGUUUAAAAGACGGUCAGAUGUAACUGAUUCUGGUUGCGACACAUUUGAUGCGUCUACAACAAACAAUGCCACAGAAACAAAUCAUUCUGAAGAUCAAAGUGUUGAUGAUGAUGACGAAACUCAAGAUGAGUGGUUACAAAGUCUUGGAGUCGAGAAUUCUGAGAUUCGCAGAAUUCAGAGUUCUCAGGCGAGAAUGACAUUAGAAAAGGAAACCGAAAUGGAUAACAUGAAACAAUCGUUGAUUUUUGUAAAAGGUGUCGAGGCACAAGGUUUAUUUAAUUUUCUAAUUAACUGUAAAUCGGCUAUUACUACCACUGGCUCCUUAGCAGGAGUGCCUCCAACACUUUUAGCCCCCGUAGCCUUCCAUGGUGCCUCACUGAGAUCGAUUAAGGUGAAAGAAAGCACGGUACGCGUUGAUAAUGAAAGAUAUUUUUCUUUGGAGCUAAAGGGACCACUGUUACCACAUGUGUUACCUUCUCUUUGUUCUUUAAUGAAAUCUAGCCAGCUGGACCAAUAUUCUGUAAGCUGCGCGCAGCUAGAUUCAACAGUUGCAUUUUCGGCAGCGAAACAUGGUUCCGAACAAUCAGAAUCGGACAAAAUGCCAAAUGUACCACAAAAUAUUUUCGGUAAAGAAAAUCUCAGCGAUUGCGGAUUUAAUAACGAAUUAUUGAAACAUUUUUGCAACUCCGAUUCGUCGCACAUUCAAAUCUUAGAAAAUGUUAAAUAUUCAAAUAAUUUGUACACAUGGUCUUGACAUAACGUUCUGAGAAUUUUAUUUCUACUAUUUUACGUAAUGACAACCGAAAAUUUAAUUUAAAAAUUGCAUUCUUUGUAUGUAAAUGUAUUGGGACACUGACAUGGUAAUUUAUUCUAACGUCAGAGUUAUUUACAUAUCAUUUUUUAAUCAUUGAAUGGAUACAAGAAAAAGAUGAUGAGCGUAAAAUAACGUUAAGUGAUAUUUCUAUCAUUAUUGUCAUCAUAAUCAUUAUUAUCGUAGUUAGCUAUUUUUAUCGAUAUCAUGAUCGUAAUUUUUCUAGACGCUAAGAAGGACGGCAGCAUUUUACGACUAGAUGUUGCUUUAAUUACGACAUAAGAAAUCAUUUUAAUUUAUAUUCUUGUAUGCUGAAGGAUUAGUUUUGAAAAUGCAACAAUUAUUCUUUUGUUGUCCAAUCAAGGUUCAAUAUGUAAUGAAGUUUUUCUGAUCAUUGUAAUUAAUACUUACGCUAUUAACAGCAUAAUCAUGAAUCUAAAAAUUAUACAUAAUCCGCUGCUCGGUGAAAUAUUGUAUAUGAUUAAUUUUUAAGCGAGAAUCCGAAUAUUUCAAAAGCAUUUUACACUUGAAACAUGUAUUUUGGAGCUUGUAACGAAACUUAAUAAAAUUUCUACUGUUUUCCAUAUGUCCCCAUA